AUGCACAUAGAGAGUAUAUUCCGGAAGAAGGCAAACUUGCUCAACAUACGCGGGGAACACCCGCGCAAUUACGUACUUAAGGUGUGUGGGCGGGAAGAGUACCUGCUGGGCGACCACCCGCUCAUACAGUUCCUGUACAUCCAGGAGAUGCUGUCGCGGGACGGCGUGCCGCAGGUCAUGACGGUCAGCGUGGACAAGAUAUCCCUGGGUUCAGAUUUUCAAUAUUAUGCAUUACCGGAACCAAGGCCGCCCACAUCAGAACAAUCUAACACGAUGAGAAAGAAGAAAAAUUAUGAGUCAUCUUGGAAAAUAGAAAAUGAUUAUUCAUGUGUGGUACAAACGGUGGGCGGACUCAACGUGGACCCCGGUAGACUAGUUGAGGUUGUAUGUCAAGCCGGCAUAUACCAUGGGGGUAAAUCUCUCUGUGAGCCUCAGAAGACCAAAGUAGCGGUGGUUUCAGCUAGGGGGGAAGCGCAAUGGGACGAAGAGUUGAAGUUUCCCAUAAAAGUGUGCAAUGUACCGAGAAUGGCGAGGCUCUGCUUUGUCAUAUACGAAAUAACCAAAGCCAAGAAUAAGAGAAAAGGAAAAGAUGCUAAUAAGGACGCGAUCAACAAGCUGGCGUGGGCGAACACGAUGAUGUUCGACUACAAGGAGCAGCUGCGCACGGACGGCGUGACGCUGUUCAUGUGGCCGCACGUGGCCGACGAGACGCAGGGCGACGACCUGCUGCUGCACCCGCUCGGCACCGUCGUCUGCAACCCCGGCGAGAGCUGCGCUGCGCUGCACGUGCGCUUCUCCAGCUACGACUGCCAAUAUCCAAUAUUGUUUCCGGAACAAGAAGCAGUGAAGGCAUACGCAGAUCAGUUGGAGGCCUACGAGUCAACGGACGCCAUGACGCGGUUGAGUGAGGAAUUUGAGAAACUUCGCACGACCGCUGAGAAGGACCCCAUGUAUGAAAUGCACGAGCAGGAAAAGAAAAACAUAUGGGCUUCGAGAGAGUACUUCCGUGUGCGCGCGCCCGAGCUGCUGCCCAAGCUGCUGUCGUGCGUGGAGUGGACGGAGCGCGCGGAGGCGGCGCGCGUGGCGCGCUCGCUGGCGGCGUGGCCGGCGCUGCGCGUGGAGAGCGCGCUCGAGCUGCUGGACUACGCCUACGCCGACGCCGCCGUGCGCAGCUUCGCCGUCAAGUGCCUCGCCAACAUCAGCGAUGAAGACCUGCUCCUCUAUUUGCUCCAGCUGGUCCAGGCGUUGAAGCACGAGUCGUACUUAAUGUGUGACCUUUCCGUAUUUUUGUUGCAACGCGCCUUCAACAAUAUGACUAUUGGACAUUAUUUGUUCUGGCAUUUGAGAUCAGAGAUGCACGUGCCGGCGGUGUCGGUGCGCUUCGGGCUCGUGUUGGAGGCGUACUGCCGCGGCUGCCAGGACCACAUCAACAGUCUGUUGAGGCAGAUCACUUGCUUGGACAAACUUAAAUGGGCAAGUCACUGUAUCCGCAAAAAGAAAGAGAUCUCAAAAGCUCGAGCUGAACUUCAUAAACAAUUACAAGAGCAGCACUGUUUGGAAACGCUAUGUGAUUUUGUGUCUCCGCUCAUACCAAGCCUAGUUUGUAAGAAAAUUGUGCCAGAAAGGUGUAGAGUAAUGGACAGUAAGAUGCGGCCAUUGUUACUGGAGUUUGAAAAUGUUGAUCCCACGGGAUCGAAUAUACGUAUUAUAUUGAAAAUCGGUGACGAUCUGCGUCAGGACAUGUUCACGUUGCAAAUGCUCAGGAUCAUGGACAGGCUGUGGAAAAACGCGGGAUACGAUUUUAGAUUGAACCCAUACAACUGUAUUUCGAUGGAGUACGAAGUGGGAAUGAUCGAAGUAGUGGACGAGGCGGAAACGGUGGCCAAUAUUCAGAAGCAAAGCGCGCUUUUUAAUGCCGCGUCUACUAUAUCCAAGGCUAAUUUGUUUCAAUGGCUCCGGAAACAGAACCCUACAGACAAGUCUUUCAACAAGGCGGUGGAGGAGUUCACGAUGAGCUGCGCCGGCUACUGCGUGGCCACCUACGUGCUGGGCAUCGCCGACCGGCAUCCGGACAACAUCAUGGUCAAGAAGAGUGGCCAGCUCUUCCACAUAGACUUUGGCCAUUUCCUAGGCCAUUUCAAGCAGAAGUACGGGUUCAAGCGCGAGCGCGUCCCCUUCGUGUUGACGCACGACUUCAUACAUGUCAUAAACAAGGGCCAACGAGGGGGUGUCAACGAACAGUUGGACUUCAAGAUAUUCAGAGACCUUUGUGAAACUGCCUUUAAAAUUCUUCGCAAGCAUGGUCACCUGAUCCUGUCCUUGUUCUCGAUGAUGAUCUCAACAGGCCUGCCUGAGCUUAGUUCGGAAAAGGACCUGCAAUACCUUAGAGAAACAUUGGUAAUGGAUCUAUCCGAAGAGAAAGCGCUUGAACACUUUCGCCAAAAGUUCAUAGAGGCGGUGAAGAACUCCUGGACCGCAUCCUUCAACUGGGCGCUUCACAACUUCGACAAGAACAAC